GAUUGUAACGCGACAUUGAUUGAUUAUGAGAACGAUAGGACGCUGUUGCCUGAGGCAGUUCACGACAUACGGAUCGAGCCAUUUGCAAGGGCAAUGCCUCGUCGAUCGAAGCAGAAUUAUCAACUCUCUGUGGAUAUAUCGUGGCAAAUGCCACCAAACAACUCAACGUCACUUCUGAAAGCGUUUCUAUUAGAAAUUGACACCGAUCAAUCACUCAACAACACAUCGUCUACAAGCACCGAUACUAUCAAUCAUCACACCUGCUUUCUGUUCAAUCUCACUGAUUCGCAGUGGACAAAUGAAGUGAUAACCUCAUCGCCUCGAUUUCAUUUCUCAACCGAUAGCAUUUUUGAAUUUGGCAUCGCAUACGAUGUUAUUUUGACCAGUUUACCGAGAUCUGUGACAACAAAGAAUGGUGUUAAGCGACGUGUUACCAUGCCCAGGCAUCCAGCUAAUCCACAAGCUUCGAAAUGGGCCGCAGGUUUUCGUCGCAUUUUCGUACAUUCGUUAGCACGUACCAUACAAAUCGAGUUCGUCGGCGCUCCAGCGCAUUAUUGUUUUGAAGCGUACGAGGUGAGACUGAAAGAUGAGAGCGGUCUAGAUCUGCUGUACAGCUCAAUUAUACCGGUGCAGUCAAUGCGAUCUGAAGUGAUCGAUAAUAAUACGGUGCUGUUUGGUGAAUACAACUUUACAGGUCUUGAGGUAGAACGUGACUAUGUGCCGUCGGUGAUACCAAUUGAGCGUGCUGAUGACGGAAGGUGUCUUUGUCCGGUGAGUGGAAAUAACCCAUUCGACAAUCGAGUCAUUUGCUCUUGUAUUGCAGCCGACUGGAAAAAAGUUCGGCUUCAUAGAUUAGAGAGACCAACUGCUCCACCGAUGGUAGCUGAGCUGAACGAAACAAUCAUUGAAGCAAAGCCCCGCAAGGAGAAUGACACAAUUUGGACAGUUCUUCUACUGGGUAUAUUAAUGCUAGCCGUUUUGAUGCUAUUAUUACUAAUAUAUACAUUCUACACGUUCUAUCAUCGCUAUCGUGCACACUCGAAGACCGUUCAAAUUCGAUUCAUUCCCAAUGAUCACUCCUCGAACCAGCUAACACCGCUGUCAUUCACUCAAACACCUCUCAUUCACAACCCACAUCCGAGUGUUCUAUUGGUCUAUACACACGACUGUGCCGCACAUGAGGCGAGUGUGCUCGCAUUCGCUGAGUAUUUGCGUGAUGUGUUCUCGUUCCAAGUUCACUUGGAUGUGUGGGAAGGCGACGAAAUUGAACGAAAUUUGAUGGACUACGUGAGCUCAUCAAUUGUGAAUGCCGACAAAGUGAUCAUUUUGAAUUCAGUGGGUGCUUAUUAUCGAUACAGAAACAAAAUUGAGCACGAAAAGCGUGUAGAACGCAUUUCGCAUACUCUCUACGAUCGUCUGUAUGAGACGCAGAUUGAUCAGGCACUCAUGCAUCGAUGCGUCAUCUCGGUACGUUUCACGUACACGAGCUAUUCGAUGGUAUUGCCAGCAUUAAACUUCUCACUGCAGUACAUCCUACCAGACAAUAUUGCACCGUUAAUAUCGAACCUGAGCGAUACGGACAUGAAAUACGACUCACGCUUUUACAGUUACAACGCCGCGCAGAUGAAACUCAACUCUGCAAUAACACGAAUGUCCAAUCUGAUUGCCUCUGAUCCCGACUGGUUCCAAGAGACGCAUCAUAUCGUGCCCACAAUGCCAGCAUCCCAUCUUCUACCGACAGCACUACGAACAACGCAAUCGGAACCAACCCGGACAGAAACAGCUGUCACCUCUGAUGAAGAAUUACGAAAUGCUGAACGUGUUGGUGUCAUUGAAACAUCAUCCUCACAGAUCGAUUCAACUUAUGACAGUGGUAAUGCAAGUAGGGAUGUGACUGCAACGCAUAAUUCGAGCAUUAUCACGAAACCAUCCACAUCACUUGAUUUCAGUGUACAGCAACCAGUUAAUCGUCAACAAGAAGAGCAUGAGUUAGGUUCACAAUCCUGCGCUGUAUCCGACCAUAUCAGCGAUUUGGAUGUCGCAAAUGACAAUGAAAGAGAUGAGGACAAGGAAAAACCUAGCAGAAAGGUUAAGCGCAAACCAGUCGGCUACAGUGCCAAAUCACGCUUCAUCUCGUUCACAUCACCGAAACGUGUCGAAUACAAGCAGCUGUCGAUGACUACCAGCCCUUCGAGCCCCCUGUCUCCUCGACUACAAGCACUAGGAAGUACAGGAGCAGUGUCAACUUCUAGAGCAUUAGUGCCGAACGCUUGCGAUGGUGACGAUAUGAAAGCAUUGAUUCCGGAUAAGCACUAUGCAUCAGAUGUGCAGAGCACGAGUACGAGCACGACAUCAAGUGAGAAUGGUGCUUGUUCGUGCGAUGAUGCUGUUAAGAAGGCUAGGGAGAAUGCAGUGGCAAACGGCAACGUAAGAAUAGCAAACGACUCUGGUUUUAUCACAAAUUCAAUAGUAAGUAAUGAGGAGGAUAUUGCCAAUCACACUGAUGCUGAUCAAUUAUUUACGAAACACCAGCAAACUGCCCAUUUCAAUGGUACUCUCAAAAUGAGCAACAACUUAAACGGUUUAAUACCAGCCUCAACAGUCAAUAAGAGCACACUAACACGUGAAGACUGUCCAGAUUCGGGUUUGAUUCUCGAUAAAUCAGGGAGUGUAGAUGUGAUAGCGUCAUGA